CGCUUUAAAAAAUACAAAACUAAAAUUUCAAAAAACCGUUUGUCGUUCACCGAUUGUAUUUGUUUGGGCACCUAAACUUGCUGGUUUUGUAAUAAUUUCCAGUUUUGUGAUUGAACUAGGAUUCAAGUAGUUUAUCUGACGAUAUGGCCGAGUCGCUGUUUGAUAUUUUCGGCGACCACCUCACCAGGCAGGCGGUGAAAAAUGUUUCGCGCCAACCUUUAUCGAAUAUUGAAAAUAUGGGCAAAACCGUGUCUUCAGGCCCGGUUAAGCCCAACGAGCCUGUCAAGAAGUCUGAAGGGACUAAGAAGUCCUUUCUGUGUAACACAGGGAAGGCUUUGAAGAAUACUCCAGUUAGGAAUGUUUUCACCCCAAGAGCUGUUAAUGUCGGCUCCAUGAUCUACAGCGAUGAGAAUACUGACAAACAGCUCUGUGGCGAAGAUAUUGAGUUUAACAAACCCUCAUACAAGUAUGAUAACCACCAUAGGGAUGUGUUUGAUUACCUUCCGAUGCCAGAGCCUGAGAUCCUGAAGCAGUUCUCACCGCCUAACACUCCUCCACCAGCCACCAAGAGAUACAGCAUGGACUUCAACUGUUCUUACCAGGAUGAGUUCUUUAAAGAUGAUUUCUCAAUUGGCAGUGUUCCUGAUGAAGACCUAGAUCUACCUGAUUUGUAUUGAGAAACAGUAUUAUAUUGAUUAGACUAAGGCUAUGAUUUAAUCCUAAUAUAUAACCUGGUUAUAAAUGACCAACCUUUUUGUUGACUAAUUAAAAAGUUAGGUUGCAGCUAGUUUUGACUUGCAAAGUACAUUUUUUUAUACCAUCCCUAAUUUCUGCUUCACAAGGCUCUUUUAUUAAACCAGUCUCAAAUUGAUACAAUUUUGGCAAUUUUUUAAAUUAAGUUAUUUAGAAACUUGAGAAUGAAUUAUUAAAAUAGGCUUUUUGAUCAUUUA